GCAAAGGCGAUGAGUUGGGUAACUUUAACUUAGGAUCAACGGUCGUGCUUUUCUUUGAGGCACCAAGUGAGUUUGAGCUGACUUGUUCGGAAGGUGUAGUCCGAUUAGGAGAGUCUUUAGGCGAGGUUCGAGUAUUACCAGCUGGAAGUAGAUAA